AUGGUGACGGCGGCGAAGACGUGUUCGCGCUGCGGCCUCGACGGUCAUAACGCACGGACAUGUGUUAACGGCGUUAACAAACCCUGUGUUAAGCUGUUCGGCGUUAACAUAUCGGAUCCGACGCCGUUUGGAACGCCGUUAAGGAAGAGUCUCAGUAUGGGAAACCUACCGUCUCUCGCCGUUAAACCCGCCGAGGAUGAACCCGGUUAUCAUUCUGACGGCCUGACCGGUUGUAAGAAGCGUAGAGCCUCUAGGAAAACGGGAAAGCCAUGGACGGUAGAGGAGCACCGAACGUUCUUAGCCGGACUGAAGAAUCUCGGAAAAGGAGAUUGGAGAGGCAUUUCUAGGAAAUUCGUGACGACGAGGACGCCGACGCAGGUCGCUAGCCAUGCCCAGAAGUAUUUCAUCAGAAAGAACAACAACAAUCAGAGAAAACGACGAGCCAGCCUCUUCGACAUCCCUCUUGACGACAGCUCGGAAGGGAACAACACUGAUCAAGCUUGGACUGUUGCUCCUCCAACACCAGAGACUCUUGCCGAGGGUCUUGCGCAAUUCAACGUUUUGAAUCAGUGUCGGAAUCCAAGUAUGUUUCCUCAAGUGUUUCGGUACGCGAGCGCUGUACCGGUUCAGAUGGUCCACCCAUCCGGUAUACCGGUUCCGAGGUAUAUACCGACGGGUAUACCUCCAUCUCAGGCGGACUGA